AUGCGCGUUCAUGCAGACAGACAGACUCUCAGUCCUGCGCUCUUCUUCUCUUCCUCCUCUUCUUCUUCUCCUCUUCUCCUCUGACAGCUGCAUUCCGGCUCUCUGAAGGCUUCAUCUGCGCACACUCACUGGAGGACUCUUCUUCAUCAUCUUCUUCAUCAUCUACUGAGUGAGUUGUUGGUCGUGUAGCGGGAGCGCGCUCAGGAUGAGGCGGCUGCUCGUGCUCGCGGCAGGACUCUCAGCGCUCUUGUCGCUGUGUGCGCCUGCGCAGACGCUCGACGCAGGCGCAGACGCAACUGCGCAGACGCAGAAAGCAGACGGAACUGCGCAGACGCAGAACGGAGCCGCGGAGCAGCCGAGAGCGAAGCGGGCGAAGCGGCGGGGCGGCGGGCAGGACGUCCUGAAGGGGCCAAAUGUGUGUGGGUCUCGUCAUCAUGCGUACUGCUGUCCUGGAUGGAAAACCCUGACCGGAGGAAACCAGUGCAUCGUCCCCAUCUGUCGGAGUCCCUGCGGAGACGGUUUCUGCUCCAGACCCAACAUGUGCACGUGUCCGAGCGGCCAGAUCGCUCCCACCUGCGGAUCCAAAUCAGUCCUGAACUGUAACAUCCGCUGCAUGAACGGAGGAACGUGUGCAGAAGACCAGUGUUUGUGUCAGAAGGGCUACAACGGGGCUCACUGCGGCCAGCCGGUGUGUGAGUCGGGUUGUCUGAACGGAGGCCGGUGUGUCGCCCCGAACCGCUGUCUGUGUAACUACGGCUUCACCGGCGCGCAGUGUGAGAGAGGUGAGAUGCUGAUCACACACAUUCCUGGUAUCUGCAGGUCCUAA